AUGAGUGCUCUCCUAGUGAAACUCAAUUACGGGUUUCGAGACCUUUCUUUCAUGGAACUGGAAAGGAACUGCUUAUCAAUGGGAAUCACUUCGCAGCACCCAAAUUUUAUCAAUCCGAGAGCGGCUGUAUUCUACGCGGAUUGGUCGGAUGUAGAGAAUCCCGAUUUGCUUGAAGAAGAAUUCCGACCGAAAAGACUGCGACCCACAAAACGGCUGAUGCGUGUUCCUCUGCACGUCCACAAACAAGAAGGUUAUAUGAAGCUUGGAGUACCUUGUCCGAGGCAAAACUACUUGCAAAGAAUUUGUUCCAUUGGGGAGGAUCCCUUCAGUGGAGAAUUCACAUUAGAUACACGUGGAACGAUCUCCUGCGAAUUCGCAGUGGAUCUACGCAUCAACCAGCGCAAAUGUGACGAAGACUGCGAUGGAUACAUUUACAAGCUGAGUCACGGAGAUGUCAUUGAGGGCUCUUACAUCGACCUUCUGUUCUUCAGGUUCAUGUUCCUUCUAUGGGAUGGAAAUCCCGUGCGACGAGUGCCGCAGACUUCGCUCCUUUUGUCUUGCCCUCGGCUCGUCUUGAAUAAAAUUGUAUCGUAUUUGACCCCAUUGGAAACUAUGAACAACAUCGUUCCAGUAUGUCGACAGUUUUUCCAACUGAUGAUGAAAAGUGGAUGCAUUUGGACUCGUCUGGAGUUUAGUGCUGUGUUUGGCAACACGUGGGUUCCAUACAGUCACUUGGAUGAUUUCAGAAGGGUUCUUGCCAAACAUGCUCGGAACCUUGUGGUGAACUUCAUAGUUUCGAAGUCCUUCGGCGCAAAGGAGCCAUCUCCCGUUAUCAUGCGUCCAUUAUUAUCCAAACCCGCGGACUGGAAGAAUUUGAGAAUGCUCGAGAUUCAUUCAAUAAGUCGCAAUGAGAAUGUCUGGAUUCAAUUUUUCAAAAGAAAGACAAUCCUCGCAAAAUUGGAAUCACUCGUGAUCCCCUGCGAUGAACUUUUCUUGCGCGAGGCCUGGAGUUGGGACUCGCUGGCGCUCCCGAAUUGUCGAGAAGUAACUCUUCUGGUGAGCGACUCCAGUUCAAGCUUCUCCUGUCGUCCACUGGAUUUCAAACAGGUUUUUCCGGGGCUGAAGAGAUUGCACUUCAUUGAUAAUUCAAGCGACGGCGGGGUGGCGAGGCGACGUAAAGCUUUAUUUUUCUACGGAAAUGGUGUCCCGAAGAGUUUCCUCAAACACGUCGGCUCUGGUGUGCUGGUGACAUUUCAUGCCAGGGAAUUCGGAGAAAUUUGGAAUGAGGAAGACUGGGAUUUUGCUCAGAAAUCAGGAACUUUCUCGAGCCUGGAGUCGCUGAGCUUCUCAGGGAAUCCUUUUGAGCAAAUGUCGGACUUCGCUUCAUCGCGUCAAAUUUUUCCCAAGCUGAAAACACUGUGGUUGAACGAAGUGACAACCUUGAGAUCGAUUCACCAUCUGCUCGAGCUGCCUUCAUUGCAAAAAGUCUGGCUGGAGUGUCGAAAUCCAGGCCUAUUCGCCGAACCGUUGAUUGACCCGUUGAUACUUCGACUCUUCGAUGACAGCCCCACGGAAUGGCUUGAGAAUCUCAAAUUUAUCUCAGCUGAUCUCUGGGAAACUUACGUUCCGUAUUUCAAGAUGAUCAACCUGGAAUGUGUGGCUCUCCUCUUUUACCAAAAACAAGUUGUUACAAGACCCCUUGACGCAGUUUUUGAAGAGCUGAGUUACUGUUCCAAGCUGAGAGGAGUGAUUCUACGUGUGCAACACGACCUUGAGUUUUGUGAAGCCGUGAGGAGACUGAGUCAGCCAUUGGAGUUCGCUGCAAUCUCAGGAAACCGAGAUGUUGUGAUUGCUGCUCUAAAAUGUCUUUCUCAGUGUCAGGCUCAGCUUGAAGAAGUUUGGAUUCGGGUUUUGGACUCUACGGACCUGGAAGAAGUGUUUCAAGUCUUGAUGACAUUCAAGGUCCUGAAAAACGUUGUGUUCCUGCGCGCGAACGAUUUUUCUACCGAGGAUAUCUACUGCGGAUUGCACGAAAGGAAGUCGGAGUUUGAGGCGGUGCUUUGGAAAUACGUUCAUCAUUAUUCGGGGUGUUGCUUUAAGCAAGUGGCGAUUGUUUUCGAAGUGAUCCCAUCAAGAGAUUACUUCACGUACAGCGUUGAGCAACGGAAGCAGACGACGUUCUCUUCGUGUGCUUUGACGAAAUUCUUCCCGGAAUGGUUGAAGUUUAUCAGGAGAGGCAAGAAAGGUCCUUUUUCCGCGAUAGACUUGCUUGUAGCUGUUUUUCCAUUGGAUUGA